AUUUAUUUACCAAACAAAAGGUACUGUUGCAUCUCUAUAUACUGAUCCAUACCUCAGUCUACAGUCACACCUUUGUCUCUCCCUUUUUUCUCUCGGUUUGUGUGUUACCUGUAUUUGUCCAUUCACUAUCUUUCUCCUAUGUCUUUUGAUCUUAAUAAUGAAUUAGAUCACAAUCACCACCAUCUCUUCAAUUCAAAUAUUCAUCAACCCUCUUCUUCAUAUUCCAUACUCUUCAACCAAAAUCAAGAUCAAGGAAGAUCUUAUUCUUUGGAACCAAGUCACAUACAAAGUGAUGAUCAUUUAGAGGUUGAGAAGUUUGUUUCUUCUAAUGGAUCAUGGGAUCAUCAAGAAAUGAAGAAAGAAGAUGAAAAUGAAGAUUAUAAAGAUGAGGAUAGUACUUCAUUGAAAUGGAUGCCAUCAAAGAAGAGAAUUAUUCAUAAAAUGAUGGAAGAUCAAAGGGGUUCUAAGAACAAGUUUGAAAAAGAAAAGCUAUUAGGAUUUGAUUAUAGUAGCAACAACAAUUCUUCAAACAACAACAUCACUAUUAGGGUUUGCAGUGAUUGCCACACAACUAAGACCCCUCUCUGGAGAAGUGGACCAACAGGUCCUAAGUCACUAUGCAAUGCCUGCGGUAUUCGACAAAGGAAAGCGCGACGCGCCCUUGCAGCAGCAGCAUCUGCAAAUGGUGAAACUCUUGUGGCGGCUGAGAAACCUAAUUUGAAGGAAAAAAAGUUGCAAAUCAAAAGGAAAAGGUCAAAAAUUGAUCAAUGUGCACCGCAUUUGAAAAGCAAGGGUAAAAUUGGAAAUAAAUGUUUAACUUUUGAAGAUUUGAUAGCAAGUUUGAGUAACAAUUUGACUGAUCCUCAUCAAGUUUUUCCUCAAGAUGAGAAAGAAGCUGCAAUUCUACUCAUGGCUUUAUCUUAUGGCUUACUUCAUGGAUUUCCUUCUAAUGGUUACUUAGAUUAAUUAUGAGAUUAUUAUAUUAUGUUAGAAGAUUUUGUUUUAUUAAAUCAUAAUUUGUAUGAGAUCAAUGUUUCAUACAUUGGGGAAAGAGAGUAUUGAAAAUAAAUUUUGUUAGGGAAAAUUGAUAAUAGUGACAAUAAAGUAAUUGAGGGGUACGUGUGUGGUUUUAUUUAAAUUUUAUAUGUUGGAUUUGAGCAUGUAGACAAAACACAAAACGUGAAUGUCUUGGUCAUAUCAUCGUACAAUCCUAUAAUAGCCAUUCAAUAAAAUUAUUUAGAAUUUUGUUUUUUAUCCCUA